AUGUUCAGGUCUCGCGGACAGGGCAAGAUGGCAAAAGGGCCAUUUUUGUUCGACAGAAGAGCCAAGCAGGUAAUUGGAUUUGUUGCAAUUUUGUACACCCUUUUGAUUAUUCAUUUUAGCAAUUCAAAGUAUGGGAAAUUUUUCAAUAAUGGGAGUAAGGUGCUGCUUCCAACGACCUCUCAUCUUCAUGGGAUCAAUCUGAAAAAAUUCUCCGCAAGUAAUGGUCCCCUGUUGAAUCUGCGGGAGCAGUUGUCGCAUGCGUUUCCGUACGAUCCAAAAUCCGCGAUCCCGAGGCGAAUAUGGCAGACGUGGAAGGUUGGAGCAGAGUCGGUAAAGUUCCCUUCGGCGUUCAGGUCGUACCAGAAGGAUUGGACCGAAAGAGCGGAUUCUGACUCGUUCGAGUACUCCUUGGUACCAGAUGACCACAUAAUACCGUUGCUAGAGAACCUGUAUGGGGAAGUACCGUUGGUGGUAAAAGCGUUCAAGGAAAUGCCAGUUAACAUCUUGAAGGCGGAUUUUCUAAGAUACUUAUUGCUGUACGCUAGAGGGGGUAUUUAUUCCGACAUGGACACGGUGCCCUUGAAGCCACUGGGGGCAUGGCCUUCCUUGGACAGGGAGAAAUUCAACGAGUUGAAACGUGAGAAUAAUCCAAUUCCAUACAAGAAUUAUGAUCCCAAGAGGGGGCAGCUGCAAGCCGUAGAUGACAACGGUGGUUACGACGAACCGGGAUUCGUCAUUGGCAUUGAAGCGGACCCCGAUAGACAUGAUUGGGAUGAUUGGUACGCUCGCAGAAUUCAGUUUUGCCAGUGGACUAUUCAGUCGAAACCUGGCCAUCCAGUGCUGCGAGAGCUAAUCUUGAAUAUAACGGCAACGACUCUGAAUAGUGUCUCGACGACCAAAUCUCAAACACAGGCCUUGAUCGACCUCAGCCAUGCCAAGGACUACAACGUUAAUUACAGGGAUAGGAGGGGCCUGAAUGAGACCUAUCCUCACGAAGUGGCAAAGAAGAGCUCGAACGUGGAUGGUACCGAUAUCAUGAACUGGACUGGACCGGGUCUUUUCUCGGACAUAACUCUGGAAUACAUGAACAAUCUGAUCAAAGAGAACCCGGACGCUCUGCUACUAAAUGGCAACCUAGAAGCUUCUUCAAAUGAGCCGCUGGAUACCAAAAGCACUAGGAAAUUUUAUAAGAAGAUUUCAACCUCCUUGCAAUCUAACAAUGUCGUGCCAUGGGAAUUCUUCUCGCUGAUGACAAAGCCGGUGGUUGUUGACGACAUUUUAGUGUUGCCCAUCACUAGUUUUUCGCCAGAUGUCGAACAGAUGGAGGCUAAAUCGAGUUCCGAUGAGAUGGCUUUCGUGAAACAUAUGUUCAAGGGGAGCUGGAAAAUGGAAGCCGAUAGUAAUGCUGGUCAUUAG